CAAACCGUCCAUCGCAAUACAGAUGUCGCUAUAGUUCGUCGCUCCUUCGCAGCCUGAUCAUCAUUUGCUGCUGCUCCCCUCUUUCUUCUUUCUUGACUUUCAAUACGCGUAACAUGACACCUCACUCGCAAGAAGGCGCGCCUCUGCUCGUCGCGAACGCGCUUCAAGAUAUCUCAUCAAAAGUCUCAACCCAGUUCGCGCUCAAGAUAGCAGCGGCAAUGUACUCAUUCGCCACACUCGGGCUCUUCAACUCAUCCAUCGGCGCAUUGCUUCCCUUGAUCUCAUCCCACUACGACUUAUCUGAUCUAUACGUCUCUCUAGUCUUCGUCGUUGGCCCACUAGGCUACAUAGUCGCCGCCCAAAUGAGCUCGUUGAUCCACCACCACUUUGGUCGGUUCGGGAUCGCGCUCAUCGGCUCGGUGCUGCAGAUCAUCGCAGCAGGACUGCUAUCUCUGCAUCCUCAUUUUGAACUCAUACUCGUUGGAUUUGCGGUACAAGGACUGGGGGAAGGUCUACUCGAUGGAAGCUGGUGUGCGUGGGCUGGUAGUAUGGAGAGAGCGAGUACAAUGUCUGGACUGUUGCAUGGGAGUUUCUCCGCUGGGGCGGCGGCCGCUCCCAUUUUGGUUACGCUUAUGACUACGAAUGGAUAUGCUUGGUUUGAAUGGUAUUAUGUACUGGGCGCUCUUUCAAUCAUUGACGCUGUAGCCCUAUGUGCUGCAUUCUGGAGCGAAACAGCAUCAGUGUAUCGUCAGACGCAUCAGUCCGAAGAAACUGAGAACAAAGCCCACUCCAAGGUAAUGCUCAAGCUUCCCGCCACGUGGUGGUGUGCCGCAUACUUUCUUGCAGACGUGGGUGUCGAGACCGCAAUCUCAGGAUGGGUCGUCUCGUUCAUGCUUCGCAGUCGCUCUGCAACUCCCUAUCUCGCAGGUCUCUCGUCGUCAGGCUUUUGGGCUGGCAUGGCUGUUGGCAGACUUGUCUUGGGACCAUUGACCGACAAAAUCGGCGUACGCAAAGCGACCGCGCUAUACUUCGCCAGUGCCAUAUUGAUCGAGGCCUUGUUUGCGUUACUGCCAUAUGCAAUCGUCUCGGCCGUUCUGAUGGUAGCCCUGGGUUUCCUCAUGGGGCCGUUAUUCCCGUCUGGCAUCAUAGUCUUGACUCAAUUACUGCCAAAGGAACUACAUGUAGCUGCAGUCUCCUUUGUCGCUUCACUAGGCCAAGUAGGUGGGGCGUUGUUACCCUUCGGCAUUGGCGCUGUCGUCGAAGGGCUUGGAAUUCAAGUCUUUCGUUACGCAAUUUUGGUACAGUCAAUACUGGCAAUGCUGCUUUGGGUAGCUUUUGCGAAACUUCGGCCGGCAGUAUCUACAUUGAGCGAACCUCGGCGUACGAGGGUUGAGGAAAGACUGAACAAUGCGUAAACACAAAUCAAGAUUUGCAUCAUAAUUGGGCGGCACCAAGGGUUGCUUUGGUCUCGGCUCAAGCUACACGAUCACGACCUCAACUCAGCGCCCCUCAUGUAGGAGUCCUAGGCACACUCUCAAGCGUGAGUGCCAGCAUGUGAGUCCCCUCAGCGCAGUAAGUAGCAGGGAUGUAGUCCAUAGCGUCCAGAUCAGUACCUGCAGUG